AUGAAGGGUGCUUUGGACCUAUGGCUCAAAACUGGGUCUUUUGCAUUAAGAAGCUUCUGUCUUAUUCACAUAGUUCACUCCCACUUUUACGAAUUUACAGAGACUAGAGGUGAAUCAAUGCUCCCAACCCUAGGUGCAACAAGUGACUAUGUUCAUGCGCUGAAGAGGUAUAGAGAGGGUAGAGGUUGUGAGAUUGGUGAUUGCAUAGUUGCUGUAAAGCCAACAGACCCUUACCAGCGGGUGUGUAAAAGAAUUACUGGUAUGCCAGGGGAUAUAAUACUUGUAGAUCCAAGCUCCAAGGAUGAUGUCAGUAACCCAGAACAAGCAUUUGAUUCUUUUAUUCGGGUGCCACAGGGCCACGUUUGGGUAACAGGCGACAAUUUGUCGCAAUCUUUGGAUUCGCGCACUUAUAAUUCACUCCCGAUGGCGCUUAUCAAGGGAAAGAUAGUAGCAGCGAACGACUUUAACAAGCCAUUGUGGAAAGACGGUGAGGUUUUUGGCUUUAGGAGGAUCAAAAACACGUACGUGGAUGAGGACUGA